AUGGGUACCUACCGGCAUGAGCCAUCUAAAAAAUUAGAAAUUUCAAAACGGGAUCAUAUUGUGGAUGAGAGUAAUGAAGGGGUUGUGAAAAUUAACGAAGUUGAGGUGGAACUGGUGGAGUAUAAUUCUUCUAGAGUGCUCAAAGCUGAAGAGGUUGAGAUCUUGCAAUUCGGAAAAAACUAUAAUCAAAUUGAUGAAUCUGGUAGGAACGAAGAUAUCGGUGAAAAAAACAAGGACUUGUUGGAGGAUGAGGAUGAUUGGGAGGAAAUAGAAAGAACUGAUUUGGAGAGGAGUUUUGGUGCUGUUGUUGUAUUUGUCGGAUCCAGGAUCAACGAUAAUAGUCUCAGUAAUGAAGUGAAGAUGAAGCUUCAUGGGUUUUGGGUAUUCUUCGGAACUCUGUUUUUGAAGAGGGAUUGGAGACACGCUUACUUUCUUUAUAUGUGGAUGGGAUUGUGGAUAAGAUGUAUGUAG